AUGAUAUUCACCGAUAAGGCUGUCAAACCCCGAACCUCUCUCUCUCUCUUUCUGUUGCUUUCUUUCUCUCUUUCUUUCGCUUGCACUUUCUCUCUCUCUCUUUCUUUCUUUCUUUCUUUCUUUGUGUCGCUUUCUCUCUCUUUCUGUCUCCCAUUCUCUCACUCUGAUUUGCUUUCUCUCUCUUGCUCUCUCUCUCUCUCUCUCUAUCUAUGUGGAUUUUUCUCUCAUUUUCUCUUCCUCUUUCUUUCUCUCUGUGUCACUUUCUCUCUGAUUUUCUCUCUUUCUCUUUGUCGCUUUCUCUCUUUCUCUUUCUCUUUUUCUCCCUCUCUGUGUCGUUUUCUCUCUCUCACUGUCUCUAUCUCUCUCUCUUUCUGUCUGUGUCGCUUUCUCUCUAUCUUUCUCCCUAUAUCUAUUUCUCUCUCUUUUUCUCUCUAUCUUUCUCGUUCUCUUUCUCUCUCCCUCUGUCGCUUUCUCGCUCUCUUUCUGUCUGUGUCGCUUCCUCUCUAUCUUUUGUCUCUAUCUCUCUCUAUCUUUCUCGUUCUCUCUUUCCCUCUCUCUGUCGCUUUCUCUCUUUCUUUCUCUGUGUCAGAAGCGCAAACACAGGCACAUAUGAAGUGGUGCUGA